AUGCAUCUCUCUCACCUCUCUCUCCUGCUGGGUUUCCUGCUGACCUCCUGUCUGCUGUCCUCCACGAUAGCCAACUAUGCCAAUCAGCCCGCUGAAUGUUGCUUCAAAUUUUAUGAGAAGAGAAUCCCAGUCAAUGCUUUGAAGAGUUAUGAGGACACAAGAUCAGACUGUCCCAGAGCUGGAGUCAUUUUUGUGACUCAGAAAAACUUCCGUAUCUGUGCUGACCCUGGCUUCAAGUGGGUGAAGUGGACCAUGAAGAAAAUCGAUGAGCGUGCCAUUCAGUAA